AUGAAUGUUGAUGGCCAGUUGAAGAUUGAGAAGGCAGUCAGGAAAGGGUACUUCAUCUGCCAUACUGUAACAAGGCUGGGAGAAGGUUCUGCCCUUCUUCACCCAGAUAGCAGAUCCCACCCUCGGUCUUUAGAGAAGAGUGCUUGGAGAGCUUUCAAGGAAUCUCAGUGUCAUCACAUGCUCAAGCACCUCCACAAUGGAGCAAGGAUCACUGUGCAGAUGCCACCCACAAUUGAGGGCCACUGGGUCUCCACAGGAUGUGAAGUGAGAUCUGGUCCAGAAUUCAUCACCAGAUCUUAUCGAUUCUACCAUAAUAAUACCUUCAAGGCUUACCAGUUUUAUUAUGGUGGUAACCGUUGUACCAACCCUACCUACACACUAGUCAUCAGGGGUAAGAUACGGCUUCGCCAAGCAUCCUGGAUCAUCCGAGGAGGAACUGAAGCAGACUACCAGCUACACAAUGUCCAAAUCAUCUGCCAUAGUGAGGCUAUUGCUGAAAGACUUAGUCAGCUGGUAAAUCGUACGUGCCCAGGUUUCAUCCCUUCAGAUAAUCCUUGGGUGCAAGAUGCCACCUAUGACUUAUGGCGAGAGGAAAAUGGCCGGGAAUGUACCAAGGCAGUGAAUUUUGCUAUGCAUGAGCUUCAACUGAUCCGGGUAGAAAAACAGUACCUCCAUCAUAACCUGGAUCAUCUUGUGGAGGAAUUAUUCCUUGGUGAUAUUCACACUGACUCCAGCCAAAGGAUGUUCUACCGGCCAUCUAGUUACCAGCCACCCUUACAAAAUGCCAAGAAUCAUGAUCAUGCCUGCAUUGCAUGCCGAAUCAUCUACCGUUCAGAUGAGCAUCAUCCUCCAAUAUUGCCCCCCAAAGCUGACCUGACCAUUGGCCUACAUGGGGAGUGGGUGAGCCAGAGAUGUGAAGUACGCCCUGAAGUCCUCUUCCUUACCCGCCACUUCAUAUUUCAUGACAACAAUAAUACCUGGGAAGGCCAUUAUUACCACUAUUCUGAUCCCAUCUGCAAGCAUCCUACCUUCACUAUUUAUGCCCAGGGUCGCUAUAGCCGUGGUGUGCAUUCUGCCAGGGUCAUGGGAGGCACGGAGUUUGUGUUCAAAGUGAAUCACAUGAAGGUCACCCCCAUGGAUGCAGCCACAGCCUCUCUCUUAAAUGUGUUCAAUGGAAAUGAAUGUGGAGCUGAGGGCUCAUGGCAGGUUGGAAUUCAGCAGGAUGUGACCCACACCAAUGGUUGUGUUGCCUUGGGAAUUAAACUACCUCACACUGAGUACGAAAUCUUCAAAAUGGAACAAGAUACACGGGGUCGGUACUUACUGUACAAUGGCCAGAGACCCAGUGAUGGAUCCAGUCCUGACCGGCCAGAAAAGAGAGCCACAUCUUACCAAAUGCCCUUAGUUCAGUGUGCAUCUUCAGCACCCAGAUCAGAAGAUCUAACAGAGGAGAAUACAGUAGAUCGCUAUGGGAAUGGGACACCUGAAAGAAAUUUCUGUACUGUACUCCUGACUCUGAUUGCAUGUCUUUGGACUGUUCCACAUUGGAAUGCCUUCAGCUAG